AUGUUCGUCUUUCGCCGAGAGGAUCUCCCUGCGGACCCAGAGUUUUCAGCUGAGCUAGACAAGUUGGGCUACUUUAUCAAUGACCAAGACCAAAUUAGGAAAAUCUCCGACCCAACAGAAGAAUUCCAGUUCAAAAUCAACAAAAAUGAGCGGUGGAAUCAGGUACAACGGGAAGCCAUGAAUGGCAAGUAUCCUCUCGCCUAUGCAACAACCUCCCCAUUGAGAAAUGAAUGCAUCCGAAAUAUUGUGUUGCCGAGACUACGCGCUUUGGGCCUCGUCACCCUUCGUCUGCCUCUCAUGUCGGGACCAACAAAGCCGCACGUUCCCAUACUAGUCUCGAACAACUUGUCUACGGCCUCACGAAUCAUAUUGGUCUUCGGUGAACCUGCGCAGGACCUAGGAAUCUGGGCAUACCGCACGGUGGGUAGUGAGAACAUCAACGCCGGAUCAGCCGUGAAUUUUGUCAAAGCAAUUCUUAGUCCAGAAGAACGCGGCCACACCAGUGGUCCCAAUGAAGCCGCAGGGAAAGUACCGUCCUCCCAUAAAGGUGAAGUCGCCGUUGUGCUGGCGAAUCCCGGCCAACUCUCCUGGCACUGCGGCUUAGCUCGCGCAAUGACCCAGGUCACUCGAAUGGCUGUGUCUCGAGCUUCAGCAGUUCAUCCUCCCUUGCGUGAAACAGGCAGGAACAGGAUUCCGGGUCAUGAAAACUGGCAAGAGCAUGUGAGCUCCGUUUUUGAGGGCAUCUUUACAGCCCGUGGACAGCUUGUCAGGAGCGACGCCAAAAUCGAUGUUAUUGGUCUUGCUGAAGGGGGAUGUGGUGCAAUCCGCUACUUGGCAAAUAACUGGCCCGCCUGGCGUCAAUAUAUAUCCGCAAUCUGCCUCUCCCAUCCUCUCCACCAGAAGGAUACUGACUUACUUGUGGCCGGCCAAGAACCGCACCCAGAGUCGUUCGCUGCAUUCGUGUCUUCUCGUUGUCGUGCAUAUGUUCUGUCUCCCGAGCCUCUUGGUACCCCACUCCCUGAAGAGGAGAAGUCAGGGUGCAAUUGCUACGCGUCCGGGGAAGAGCUUAACACGGAGUGUAUCAUGACCAAGGCUUGGCCUCACAUGCUUGAUUGGUUGAAACGGGCUUACGAUGACCCUGAUUACUGCGAAGCAAAACUCGUGUUGAGAAGAGUUGGCCUAGGCGAUGGUGUCGAUGGGGAUGACGGUGAUCUCAGCCAUCAGAUCCAGGAGUUAGAGGUCUAGAUUCAAUAUUCUCAAAACCAGUAGUUAGUCUAUUUAACCCAAAACUGAAAUUGAGGUAUUUAUUACGGC